AAUCAUGCCUGAACCAGCGAAAUCCGCGCCCAAGAAGGGCUCUAAGAAAGCCGUCGCUAAGACUCCUGGAAAAGGAGGAAAGAAGCGCAGAAAGUCCAGGAAGGAGAGUUACGCUAUCUACGUGUACAAAGUCCUGAAGCAGGUUCAUCCUGACACCGGUAUCUCCUCUAAGGCCAUGGGCAUCAUGAACUCUUUCGUCAACGACAUCUUUGAGCGCAUCGCCGGUGAGUCUUCUCGUCUCGCUCACUACAACAAGCGCUCCACCAUCACAUCCAGAGAGAUCCAGACCGCCGUUCGUCUUCUGCUGCCCGGUGAGCUGGCCAAACACGCCGUGUCUGAGGGGACAAAAGCCGUAACAAAGUACACCAGCUCCAAGUAAACUCCCGCUUAAAGCUCCCAACACCCCAAAGGCUCUUUUAAGAGCCACCCACUUUCUCGGAAAAAGCGCUUUCCUUUUUAGUGAAACGUGUUUGUUAACCACGUGGUAAUUUAGUACAACGUUCACAUAACCAGAAUGUGAAUUUUCGUUGAGUGGUGCGCUGUUUGACACCAAGGCAUCGCUAUAUGGGGAAGCUGCACACCUGGAGCAGGCCGUUUUACGCCCCUGUUGUUCCUUAUUUGUCCAGUAGGGGAGUUGAACGACAAAAUACAAUAUUUGUAACCGACUCGCUGUUAAACAAAAAUGUAAUGGUCUAUGUGUAAGAUUAAAAGAAAAAUGAAUAAAACUGAAACU